AUGCCGCCAUUCGUCUCCUCCCUCACCCUCCGCACGCUGCGGACCAUCAUCCAGCGUCCCGCGUUCACUGCUAUCGCCACCCCCAAGCCCUCGUACUCCAUCCCCCGGUUCCAGCCCGUCCUCCGCACACCCACGGCCGUCGCAGCCGCUACUACUCCCAGCCUUGCUAUCCGCCAGUUCUCGACCUCCCCGUUCCGCCAGGCUACCUACAACCAAGUCCGUCGCGGAUGCCGUGUUGCUCAGCGUGCUCGUCGUGCGCGGUCCCCUGCGCUGAAGGACAGGCCUGAGAUGAAGGGUGUGUGCUUGAAGACGGGUAUCACGAAGCCAAAGAAGCCCAACUCCGGUGAGAGGAAGACGGCAAGAGUGCGUUUGAGUAGUGGCAAGGUGGUUACGGCUUAUAUUCCUGGUGAAGGCCAUAAUGUCCAGCAGCACAGUGUCGUUCUUGUUCGUGGUGGGCGUGCUCAGGAUUGUCCUGGUGUGAAGUAUCAUUUGGUCCGUGGUGCUAUGGAUCUGGGUGGUGUUGCCAAUCGGUUGACCAGCAGAUCGAAAUAUGGAACUAAGAAGCCGAAGAGGGAUUAA